UUUGUGAGCAAGUUUAUUUAUGAAUGACCAGUGACAUGUUAUUAGGAAUAACUUCUUUUAUAUUUUAAUUUUUAAAAAAAUUCAAAAUAAAUUUAAGUUUGUUUUCUGGCCCAAGACCAAUCCCCUCUUUUCCAGUUGGUCCAGAGCCUGAUAAUAAUAGAUUCUCUGGAUGAAAAUUAAUUCUUAUUUAGGAGGAUAAUAUAUAUAUUUAAUUUUGCUGUUGAAAUUCAAAAUGUUUUAUUAUUUUACUUAUUAAUCGGCUGUCUAACUUCAAUUUUUUGUGUAUCAUUGGCUUAUCAUUUUUAUCACUUACUUCAUUAUGUUUGAAUAGGGCCUAGUCAUGAGUAGUGAUAUACAGCAACAGUUCUGCUUAAGAUGGAAUAACUAUCAAAAUAGUCUACUUUCAAGCCUUCCACAGCUACUUGAUGGAGAUGACUUGACUGAUGUAACCUUGUAUGCUGGUGGAAGGAGCAUCAAAGCACACAGGAUAGUUUUAUCAGCUUGUAGUCAAUACUUUAAAAACAUCUUUAAAGAAAUGUCUCCAUUGCAACAUCCUGUGAUUGUUGUUCCUGGAACCGAUUUUACAGAACUUUGCGCCCUCGUCACAUUCAUGUACUCAGGGGAAGUUAACAUCUAUCAACAUCAACUCCCUGGCCUCAUAGCUCUUGCUGAUACUCUCCACAUCAGAGGCCUGGCCCAGUUUUCAGCAGGUCCUUUUGAAGAAGAAGGCUUUACUCCUCAAAGUCCACCAAGCACUCCACAGACUCCUGAAGAGAAAAUGCCGCCACUAGGAAUUAAAAGACCAAAACUGAAUGAAAACAAUAAUAAUAGUACGAGUAAUAACAAUAAUAACAAUUCUACUAGUAAUAAUAAUACAGUAGCUCCAAGCCCUGUGAAAAGCAUGUAUGUAAGAAAACCAAAGUCACGAGGAACAAGAAGCAGUCCUGGUAGAUCUCAAGGAGAAGCUGAAGACCUAAGUCGAAGGGAUACUCCUACAGAUCUAACUCAAGAUGGUGGAGGUGGAAAUCGAACACCUAAUUCAAAGCUGUAUGCUACUUGCCUCAUUUGUGGCAAACAGUUAUCCAAUCAGUAUAAUCUUCGAGUUCACAUGGAGACCCAUCAAAAUGCCCACUAUGCUUGCAGCUCUUGCUCUCACGUGUCUCGUUCGAGGGAUGCCCUCAGAAAGCACGUAUCUUACAGGCACCCGCAGCCACCGCCUCCAGAUUUAUCUGCUGCCACCCCUCCAGGGCAAUACUUUUAG